AUGUCCCGAGCUACAGCAACAGUUCGGUCGCUGCGACGUAUUCUUAGCCGCAUGCACGAGCGGACAGUCACUGCACCAGAGAAGGCUCACUUCACUUCGCUGGCUCUGGUCCGAUUCACCUGUCCUCAGACACCUUCAUCACGCUCAGCGGCAGCUCACUCGCACCCCACAUCCUCGGCAUCGAACUCAUCUGCAAAUCCUCGCUUCCUCACAACAACCGCUCGUUUACACAAGGGCCUACGACCAGAGACCUCUGACCCAGCACCACCAAAUCCCGAGGCGCAGACCACAGCCUCCGCCGCAGACGAACCAACGCCGCUCGACAACGAGACCUAUCAUGAGCUCUCCGAUGACUACCUCGACCGUCUGGUCUCUGCACUUGAAGAGAAGGCCGAGGCCAAUGCCGAAUACGACGUUGAAUACAGUGCUGGCGUUCUAAAAUGUGAAACACCUCAAGGCACAUGGGUCAUCAACAAGCAACCACCAAAUAAGCAAAUCUGGCUGUCGAGUCCCCUUUCCGGUCCCAAACGUUACGACUAUCAAGCUCCUGGCGCUGGGCAGGAUGCGAAGGAGGGCACAGAUGCUGCAUCCUUGAGUGUCGAUGUUGAGGGCAAGAUCACGGACUACGAUCACGGAGGCAGGUGGGUCUACCUGAGGGAUGGCUCAGGGCUGAGCGAAUUGCUGAAGAACGAACUCGAGCUCGACGUGCCAAAGUCAUUGGAUGGCUGA